GAGCGCUUCCCAGGGUGGCGCGGGCCUGCGAGAGCCAGGCGGGCUGCGAGCGAUGAGGCAGCAGCAGCGGCACCGGGAGCGGGGUCCGGUGGCGGGGAGAGGCGGGUCGGUCUGCCGCCCGGGUGGCCCUGGAGGCUGUUGAGGCGCCGCGGCGAAUAGCUGGAGCGCGGAGGAGGGCAGCAGAGCGCGGGGAGCCGGCGGCCCGGGCGGCCUCCCUGUCCGGAUACCCCCCACCCCCCUACCCCCCAAGCGUGCAGCCAUGCGGGUGGCCAAGUGGCUGACCGGGUUGCUCUGCCCGAUCUCGCUCCUUCUCACUGGGUCUUGGGAAGUUCGUUUCCACCCACGACAGGAAGCCCUGGUGAAGACUCUGGCCUCCUACGAAGUGGUGACCCCCGUGCGGGUCAAUGAGUUCGGAGACGUGUUCCCCCAGAACCGGCACUUCAGCAGGAAGAAACGCAGCUCCGGGGCGCCCGAGCCCACUCCGCUCAGGACCCACUACCGCAUCAGCGCCUACGGGCACCUCUUCCAGCUGAACCUGAGCGCUGACUCGGCCUUCCUCGCUGCUGGCUACACCGAGGUGCACUUGGGGACCCCGGCGCCUGGUCUAGGCGGGAGCAGCGCGGAGCCCCCAGACCUGCGCCACUGCUUCUACCGUGGCCAGGUCAACGCGCGAGAGGACCACAUUGCAGUUUUCAGUCUCUGCGGGGGACUGAUGGGAACAUUCAAAGCGCACGAUGGCGAAUAUUUCCUAGAACCAGUCAUGAAGGCAGAUGGGCGUGAACGUGAAGAUGACCACAACAAGCCACACCUGAUAUACAGACAGGAGUUAAAGAGGAGCUCCCUCGCACAGUCGCGUGGGCCUUGUGAAGUUGCAGAAAAUCAAGUGAAGAAAACUGCUUUGCCCUCUCCUAACGUCAGCAACGUGACUGGAGACGUUAACAUAAAGAAGGAAGGGGUGUUCGGAUUGGGAGGUGAAAGGACUCAGUUACAUUCCAGGAAUAAACGCUUUUUAUCAUACCCAAGAUAUGUGGAAGUUAUGGUUACAGCCGAUGCUAAGAUGGUUCAUCAUCACGGGCAGAAUUUGCAGCACUAUGUGCUGACCCUAAUGUCAAUUGUUGCAGCAAUCUACAAGGACUCAAGCAUUGGGAACCUUAUAAAUAUAGUGAUUGUGAAGUUAGUUGUCAUUCACAGUGAGCAGGAAGGACCAGUCAUCAGCUUUAAUGCAGCUACCACAUUGCGCAACUUUUGCUUAUGGCAACAGACUCAGAAUGUUCUAGAUGAUGCUCACCCUUCCCACCAUGACACUGCUGUUCUCAUCACCAGGGAAGACAUUUGUGGAGCUAAAGAGAAAUGCGACACAUUAGGCUUAGCAGAGUUGGGCACCCUGUGCGAUCCCUUGAGGAGCUGCUCCAUCAGUGAAGAGAAUGGGCUGAGUGCUGCCUUCACCAUCGCCCACGAGCUUGGGCAUGUGUUUAAUGUUCCACAUGAUGACAGUUAUAAAUGUAAAGAAGCUGGGAUUAAACAUCAGUAUCACGUGAUGGCCCCAACGCUUAAUUACCACACAAGUCCUUGGACCUGGUCAGCUUGUAGUCAGAAGCACAUAACAGAGUUUCUCGACACUGGCCAUGGAGAAUGCCUUCUUGACAAACCAAAUGGAAGAAUAUAUGACCUGUCUCCACAGCUUCCUGGUUCAGUGUAUGAUGUGAACAAACAGUGUGAGCUUAUGUUUGGUCCUGGAUCACAAGUGUGUCCCUAUUUGAAACAGUGCCGGCGCCUGUGGUGCACCAGUGCCGAAGGCGUCCACAAGGGCUGUCGCACACAGCACAUGCCGCUGGCAGACGGGACGAGCUGUGGGCCUGGGAUGCAUUGCCACCGUGGGCUGUGCGUGACCAGAGACAUGGAGACCCGCCCCGUGGAUGGCGAAUGGGGGCCCUGGGGACCCUACAGCUCUUGCUCAAGAACGUGUGGAGGUGGAAUUAAAAGCACAACCAGGCUCUGUGAUCGCCCCGAGCCAAGAAACGGAGGAAGGUACUGUGUGGGCCGCAGGAUGAAAUUUCGAUCAUGUAACACUGAUUCAUGUCCAAAAGGCAAGCGAGACUUCCGGGAGGAGCAGUGCUCUGACUUUGAUGGUAAACAUUUCAACAUCAACGGCCUCCCCCCUAACGUGAGGUGGCUUCCCAAGUACAGCGGAAUUGCCGUAAAAGAUCGCUGUAAACUCUAUUGCCGGGUCGCUGGGACCACCAGCUUCUACCAGCUGAAGGACAGAGUGGCUGAUGGUACACCCUGUGGGACUGAGACCAAUGACCUCUGCGUUCAGGGCCUUUGUCGGCAAGCUGGCUGUGAUCACGUGUUGAACUCCAAGGCUAAGAGAGAUAAAUGCGGAGUGUGUGGUGGAGAUGACUCUUCAUGCCAGACCCUGGCAGGCGUCUUCAACAGUGCACAUUACGGUUACAAUGUCGUUGUUAAGAUUCCUGCAGGGGCAACAAACAUUGAAAUUCUUCAGCACAGCUAUUCUGGAAGACCGGAAGACGACAACUACCUUGCGUUAUCUGACACUCAAGGGAACUUUCUUCUGAAUGGAAAUUUUGUUGUAAGUAUGGCAAAGAAAGAAAUCAACAUCCAGGGAGCUGUUUUAGAAUACAGUGGAUCAAACAACUCGAUUGAAAGAAUUAAUAGCACUGACCGGCUGGAAGCAGAGCUUGUUCUGCAGGUGUUAUGUGUGGGUAAUUUAUACAACCCUGACGUGCACUAUUCCUUCAACAUCCCCAUUGAGGAGAGGAGUAAUCUGUUCUCCUGGGAUCCAUAUGGGCCGUGGCAAGACUGUACCAAAAUGUGCCAAGGUCUUCAUAGAAGAAAAAUCGUCUGCAUACGUCAGAGUGACCAUGCAAUUGUAUCCGAUCAGAGUUGUGGCCACUUACCACUGCCAUUGUUUGUGACGGAAAAGUGCAACACAGACUGUGAGCUCAGGUGGCACAUCACUGGCAAAAGUGAAUGCUCAUCCCAGUGUGGCCAGGGAUACAGGACCCUCGACGUUCACUGCAUGAAGUAUUCCAUUCACAAGGGACAGACUGUUCCGGUGGAAGACCACUACUGUGGUGACCAGCUCAAACCUCCUACCCGGGAGCCAUGCCAUGGCAGCUGUGUUUUAACAAGGUGGCAUUAUUCAGAGUGGUCCCAGUGUUCUAGGAGUUGUGGAGGAGGGGAGAAGACGCGAGACUCCUACUGUGUAAAUGGCUUUGGCCACCGCCUUGAUGAACGAGAGUGCCAGGAGCUUCCUCGGGUGAUGCUUGGGAAUUGCAAUGAGUUUCCUUGUCCCAGCUGGGCUACUAGUGAGUGGAGUGAGUGUCAGGCCACAUGCGGAAACGGAAUGAGGCAGCGGCAGGUUUGGUGUCAGCUGAGGGAGGAUCCCAUGAGCGACGGCUUCUGUAACGCCAGUACCAAGCCCCCGUCACUGAGGCCCUGUGAGCUCCCUGCGUGCACCUCUUGGCACGUAGGCCCGUGGGGUUCUUGCACAGCCACCUGUGGACGCGGGUAUCAGAUGCGCGCUGUGAAGUGUGUCAGUGAGCAGUUUGGCACGCUGCUAGAUGACAGAGAAUGCCAGGAAGCCAGCCGGCCAAGUGACAGCCAGGAAUGUGUCGUUGCACCCUGCCUGGUCGUUCCAAAAGUUGGGGCGUCCUCCUUACCAGCCGUCCCCCUGGGAAGGGCUGCACAGUGGCGCCAUGGAUCUUGGACCCCAUGCUCUGUGUCCUGUGGAAGAGGCAGUCAGGCCCGUUAUGUGAGCUGCCGAGACGCUCAUGAUGGAGUGGCCGAUGAGUCGCAUUGUGCCCACUUGCCCAGGCCUGCGGAAGUCUCUCUCUGCUUCAGCCCUUGUGGAGAAUGGCAGGCAGGGGAUUGGUCACCGUGUUCAGCUUCCUGUGGACACGGGAAAACCAUUCGACGCAUUUUAUGCAUGAACUACCACCAGCCGGUUGACGAGAGUUACUGUGACCCUGGAGUUCGUCCUGAGAUUGAACAAGAAUGUAGCCUGGCAGCCUGCCCACCCUCAUACAGCCACUUUCCCAGCUCCUCUGAGCAGCCAAGCCAUUUUCCAGGCAGAAAUGUUCCCUUAACUCACAAACCAGAAGAGAAUCCAAAUCAGGGGGUCCACCCGUCAAUCAGAGGAAACCAGUGGAGAACAGGCCCUUGGGGAGCAUGCUCCCGAAGCUGUGCAGGAGGUGUUCAGCGCCGGGCUGUAGUCUGCCAAGAUGAAGAUGGGCACAGUGCUUCUUACUGUGAUGCGGCCUCCAAGCCCCCAGAAUCAAAUCACUGUGGCUCGGGACCCUGUCCACACUGGAAUUUUGGGGACUGGGGAGAAUGCACACAAACAUGUGGUGGAGGAGUAAAGUCAAGAUUUGUGAUAUGCCAGUUUCCCAAUGGCCAAGUGGCCCAAGAAUACAACUGUGAACAGCCCAAGCCACCUAGCAUGAUGCAAUGUCAUGUGCAUGCCUGCCCUGAUGAUGUCUCCUGGUAUCGGGGAUCAUGGAAAUCGUGCUCAACUUCUUGUGGUAAAGGUAUAAAGUACCGGGAGGUCCUUUGCAUUGAUCAAUUCAGAAGAAAAUUAGAAGAAAAAUAUUGCCGUCAUCUGCAGAAACCUCGAACUCACAAAGCUUGUAGAUCGGGACGAUGCCCUUCAUGGAAAGCCAAUAGAUGGAAGGAGUGCUCUGUGACCUGUGGGUCAGGGCUGCAGCAGAGGGAGGUGUACUGCAGACUGAGAGGCACUGGUCCGGUGACUGAAGACAUGUGCGAUCCAGCCACCCGGCCUCAGGAGCAACGGCAGUGCUGGCAUCAGGACUGCAGGAAGUACCGGUGGACCACAGGAGCCUGGCUGGAUUGUUCAACAUCGUGUAAGAAAAAAGAGACCUACCGUCUAGUGCAAUGCAUGACUGACCAACAUAUACAAGUGAAUGAAAGUUUCUGCGAUCCCUUAACGAGACCUCUGUCAAUCAAAAAGUGCAGGAAUCCUCUCUGCAAGUAUGUGGUGGUGACGGGAGACUCAUCGCAGUGUGCAGGUAACUGUGGGUUCACUAGCCCACAGAAGAUCACAUACUGCACCAGGAUCCAGUCCUCUAAAAAGCAUGCAUUCCAUCAGCUUCGGCCUGUAGAGUAUGGAGAAUGCCCCGUGACACCUUCUCCUCACAUGUACAAAUGUGACAUUGGAAGCUGUUUGCACGUAGCCACUUGGAAAGUGGGAAAAUGGAGCAAGUGCUCAGUAACUUGUGGAAAUGGGAUAAUGGAGAGAAGAGUAGAAUGCAGGACUGAAAACGCUUGGCCCAGUGACUUAUGUUUAAAGCGUUUAAAGCCAGAUGCUCAAAAGAAAUGUUAUGCCAAUGACUGUAAAUUACUUACCACCUGCAAAGAAAUCCAAGUUACAAACAACAUUACCAAAGAUGGUGACUACAACCUUAACAUCAGGGGAAGAAUGGUGAAGAUCCACUGCUCUGGCAUGCAACUGGAGAACCCAAAAGAAUAUUUACCAUUGGUCAAAGGUGAAGACAACUUUUCUGAAGUAUAUGGCCUUAGACUUCAAAAUCCCUAUGAAUGUCCCUUCAAUGGAAGCCGGAGGAAAGAUUGUGCGUGUAGAAAUGACUACCUGUCUGCUGGAUACACUGUUUUCAGUAAAGUGAGAGUUGAUCUCACCUCCAUGCAAAUCAAAACUACAGAUCUUCUUUUUUCCCAGACACUGUUUGGAAAGGCAGUCCCAUUUGCCACAGCUGGAGACUGCUACAGUGCUGCCAGAUGCCCACAGGGGCAGUUCAGCAUUAACUUAGCAGGAACUGGGAUGAAGAUAUCCAACACAGCAAAGUGGCUCGCUCAGGGGAGGUAUGCCUCUGUCAUCAUCCACAGAUCCCAAGACGGAACCAAGGUCUAUGGCAGAUGCGGAGGGUUCUGUGGAAAAUGCAUUCCCCACAUGGCAACAGGGCUCCCAAUUCAAGUACUCUGAACAUUCAGAACUCAGAAGUACUGUAAAGGUGAUGGUGCUCUGUGAAACACAGGUGUCUGGUGCUCCUUCCUCACUCUUGGCUUCCUGAGACUUCCAUAUUCAAACCUUUUUUGUCUGGGUGCUCAUCAGGGUUUCAGUCCACAUAAUGUUGAUAGGUUUUCCAAGAGAAACUUAACAGACAUAUCACUCUAAUCGGGAUCUUUUUUUAAUGUCAUAAUUUAUUGUGGGGAAUACAAGCAUGUUUGAAUGAAUUCUAUCAAGAAAAUGUUGCUGUUAACAGCUUGGACUGGACUAUAAUUAUGUUCUACUAUUAAACACACAUGUAAAUAAACCCCUGAUCAGUUUACUAUAGUACAAUGAAGUGUCAUUGUGAUGUUAAAAUGGAGCAAACAAGAAUUAGGAGAAACUAUUUUAAAUUGCUAUAAGCAUUAUUAAAUCCCUCAGUAAAUAUCAAAUUAAUAACUAUGCCAAAUAAGCAUGUUGACACCAUACUUCCUCCUGAUAUGAUUUUGAUUUACUAUUUUAUUUUUUCUUUAAUUUUAUGUAUGGACUUUGGUGCUUCAAUAAAAAUGGUUCUAAAAAUGUAAUACAAUUUUUUAAUUAGAAAUGUGCUUGUGUUAAGUAUUAAAUAGAAAGUGUUGUGACAAAAUAGAGAAGGUAUGAUAUAUUGGGAUUUGAUUUUUAAAGCCUACCUCUAAUUAUGAGUGAUAUGCUGUUUUUAUAAUGUUUAUGUACCAUUGUACCUUUAUAACCCAUAUAUGUAACUACCCUUAAAAAUCUAUUUUCUCAAGGUUAUAUACUUUAUUUUGUUAACCAACUAGAAAGAUGGAGAUUCUUAAAAUUCCAGUGAUCCAAAGUUUUUGUUAAACAUGCAAUUCUGUUUUCCUGACCAAAAAAAAUUUUUAUUAGAGAUUGUGUGGUCAGGUUCUCUAGAAGAACAGGAUAGAUAGAACAAAUUUUUAAGGGCAUUAUUAGGUUGGUUUACACAAUACAGUCUGUAUAUUCCAACAAUAGUUGUCUUCACACUGGAAAGCUGGAUGCCCCCAGCUGUCUCAAUCUAGUGCUAAGGGCCUGGAUGCUUGUUGGAGUGAUACAGGAGGCAAUAGCAGAAUGACACUGGAGCAGGGAUGCUGGUCUUCGGUACAUGUGGGAAAGCUGAAAAGCUGACAUCAGAGGAAAACGACAACCCAGUCAUGAGUGCACCAGCAAGACACAAAGAGAAGCUGGAAAAGCAAAAGCUUUCCCUUCCAAAGAUAGGAUGGCUCUUCUCCACAGUAAACCUAAUUGGAUGGUCUCUCACUGGUGUGCACAGUCGGCCUGCCUUCUGGGCAAGUUCAGAUCCUGUCACACUGAAGGUCAGUAGUACCCAUCACAGGGAACCUCAGCUACCUUCUACUAGGGUGUUCAUGAAUGAAUAUAAAAAUGCACCACUAUAGGUGGAUUCUCAGGUAUUAAGAGAUUGCUUUUCAUGUGGAUAAUAUAAUGAUGUGUUAUAUGAUGGUGGGAUUUUAAAAAGCAAAUUAGCAAAUAUCUUCUCAUGUUGGCCUACCCUAUAAA